CAUCGCUCUCCCUCCCAUCCUCCCUCUCUCUCUCUCUCUCUCUCUCUCUCCUCUCUAUGCAAAUUCUCCAAUCGCUUCUGCAGUAACAAUGGUGUGAAACGAUUGAUUCGAUCUUCACUCACAGAAGUUUCUGGAAAAGAGGAAGAAAUAACAGAGAGAAAAGUGACGAAUUGAUCUCAAUUCCGAUCAAUUUUUGUGGCGAUGGACACAACGAGGGGAACGCCGCCGGGGAUCCUGCUAAUUCGGAGAAUCCGAGGCAGAGACUGGAGUUUCUCCACCUACAGAUACGUGAUCUUGUUCGUUACUUUCAUAGCCUACACCUGUUACCACGCUUCUCGAAAACCAAGCAGCAUAGUCAAGAGCGUUCUCGACCCGGAUCCUCAAAACAACACCGCUUCGACCCGUCCCUGGCCGAUCGGCGACGUCUUCGUGAAGAAGGAAGAGGACUGGAUCGUAAACAGCAAGAGGUCUCGAGAUUCCGGUUGGGCACCGUUCAACGGCAAGGACGGGACUUCGAAAUUGGGCGAAAUUGACGUCGCUUUCUUGGCUUGUUACUCCUUGGGAAUGUACGUCGCCGGACAUUUGGGCGACACGCUGGAUCUCCGGCUGUUCCUGACGACGGGGAUGAUCGGGAGCGGAAUCUUCGUCUGUCUGUUUGGAAUGGGGUACUUCUGGGACAUUCACGUUUUCUGGUUCUAUCUCGUUAUGCAAAUGGUGGCGGGGCUUUUUCAGGCGACGGGAUGGCCGUCGGUGGUGGCGGUUAUCGGGAACUGGUUCGGGAAGAGAAAGAGGGGCUUAAUAAUGGGUGUAUGGAACGCCCAUACCUCCGUGGGUAACAUUAGUGGGUCGCUCUUGGCCGCAAGUGUUCUGGACUUUGGGUGGGGUUGGUCUUUCAUAGUCCCCGGUGGGUUUAUUGUGUUGGGAGGGAUAUUGGUCUACUCGUUUUUGGCUGCUUACCCUGAGGAUGUCGGGUUUUCGAGUGCUCUUCAAGGUUCGGCCCCUAAUAAUGUUGAGUCGAUUUCAAGUAAUGAUGAUGAGGAAGCGAGGACCGGGAAAAGGACUGAGGCAAUAAAUGGGGUUCCGCGGCAUGGGUCGGUUAGUAGGAGAAGUGUUGGGCUCCUUGAGGCGUGUAAGAUACCUGGGGUCAUACCUUUUGCUUUGUGCCUGUUUUUCUCAAAGCUUGUGGCCUACACGUUUCUGUACUGGUUGCCGUUUUAUUUAACCCAGACAGAAAUUGGUGGAGAGUAUGUUUCUGUAAAAUCUGCUGGAAAUCUCUCUACUUUGUUUGAUGUAGGGGGAAUUAUCGGUGGAAUUCUCGCGGGCUUUAUAUCUGAUAAGCUUCGUGCUCGGGCUACAACGGCAGCCAGCUUUAUGUAUGCUUCAAUUCCUUCCAUGCUUUUAUAUCGAACAUACGGGGGUAUUUCACACUCUGUCAACAUUAUGCUUAUGAUGAUUGCUGGCUUAUUUGUGAAUGGACCAUACGCACUUAUCACCACUGCAGUUUCUGCGGACCUUGGUACUCACAGUUCUCUUAGAGGGGAUUCUCGAGCACUUGCUACGGUUACUUCCAUAAUUGAUGGCACUGGAUCAGUUGGUGCUGCUCUUGGCCCUCUGCUUACUGGAUUUCUUUCAACAAAGGGAUGGGAUGCCGUAUUUCUGAUGCUAAUGCUAGGGGCUCUCAUUGCCGGACUAUUAUUAUCACGUCUGGUCAUGGCUGAAAUUUCUGAAAAAGCAUGCAAACCAUUGCCUGUUUCCAAUGGGCAGCAAAGUGUUGAAGCUCCUGCAUCUCAGCCGCUUCUAAGCUACCAAAGAUGAUUCAUGGACAAGAACUUCCAUCAUAAGACCUCGGAAGUAAGAACAUGUUCCCAACAUGCAGGUGUUAUGAUAGCCUCAAGAACCACACCGAAGAAUGCAAACGAGCAGUGGUAAUUUAUAGUAUCGAGAAAUAGAUUGUUCUUUUUGUUCCUAUUGCAGAACAAAAUUGGAGCAUAGUAUUUCAGGGAAUUUUGAUGGCUUUGAGAAGUAGCUUUUAGCAUCUCACAUUUUCUGCAAUAUAUGCAUGCAUACGUGUAAUUAUUUUGUUUUCUACUCCACAUUUGUGCUCUUGAGGGACUGAGUUGAAGUGCAUUUGUUGCUGUUGAGAGACAUAACUGCAGAAUGCUGUUUCUAUCUUUGAGUGCUGGGCUGGAUGUUACAGGUUGCCAAUAGCCCUUAAGAGACAUUUCUCCGUCUUAAACUAUUUGGGCUUUACCUCUAUUCUUCUAUGAAAGGUUUGGUUUGGUUUUGUUUUU